CGGCACACGUGUCUCCCUGUGUUGGGGCCUGAAUUCCCUCAGCUGCUUACGUCCCGGAGAUUUGGGACGCCCCCUCCGCCCCUUUGGUGUUCGCCCUCCCCCCGCGGGUGUGAGCAGGGUCUGCGCAGUUCCCUGCGCUCAGUGGGCCAACUUGGCCGAGCAACUUUGUCCCUGGAGCGGCGCGGGGGUACGGAGCACUGCGCAUGCGGAGCUCCAAAUUCAAACAGCUGUUUCUAGAGGCUGCAGGGCGGGCAGACCCGAAGCUGCUGGGGCUAGGAGAAGCUUUCUGUAGGAGGCGGCCGCUCCGGAGCCAUGGUGGACCGGGGCCCUCUGCUUACCUCGGCCAUCAUCUUCUACCUGGCCAUCGGGGCGGCGAUCUUCGAAGUGCUGGAGGAGCCGCACUGGAAGGAGGCCAAGAAAAACUACUACACACAGAAGCUGCGUCUGCUCAAGGAGUUCCCGUGCCUGGGCCAGGAGGGCCUGGACAAGAUCCUGGAGGUGGUAUCUGAUGCUGCAGGACAGGGUGUGGCCAUCACAGGGAACCAGACCUUCAACAACUGGAACUGGCCUAAUGCAAUGAUCUUUGCAGCCACCGUUAUCACCACCAUUGGAUAUGGCAAUGUGGCUCCCAAGACCCCAGCUGGGCGCCUCUUCUGUGUCUUCUAUGGUCUCUUUGGGGCACCACUCUGCCUGACAUGGAUCAGUGCCCUGGGCAAGUUCUUCGGGGGACGAGCCAAGAGGCUGGGCCAGUUCCUCACCAGGAGAGGCGUGAGCCUGAGGAAGGCGCAGAUCACAUGCACGGCCAUCUUCAUCAUAUGGGGUGUCCUGGUCCACCUGGUGAUCCCACCCUUUGUGUUCAUGGUGACAGAGGAGUGGAACUACAUUGAGGGCCUCUACUACUCCUUCAUUACCAUCUCCACCAUCGGCUUUGGUGACUUUGUGGCUGGUGUGAACCCCAGUGCCAACUACCAUGCCCUAUACCGCUAUUUUGUGGAGCUCUGGAUCUACCUGGGUCUGGCCUGGCUGUCCCUCUUUGUCAACUGGAAGGUGAGCAUGUUUGUGGAAGUUCACAAAGCCAUUAAGAAGAGGCGACGGAGGCGGAAGGAGUCCUUUGAGAGCUCCCCCCACUCUCGGAAGGCCCUGCAGAUAGCUGGGAACCCAACCGCCAAGGACACCAACAUCUUGAGCUUCCUGUCCAAAAAGGAGGAGACCUACAAUGACCUUAUCAAGCAGAUUGGGAAGAAGGCCAUGAAGACGAGUGGGGGUGGGGAGAGGGGCCCAGGCCCAGGCCCUGGGCUGGGGACUCAAGGAAGUGGGCUCCCCACAUCCGUGGCACCCCUGGUAGUCUACUCCAAGAACCGAGUGCCUAACUUAGAAGAGGUGUCACAGACACUAAGGAGCAAAGGCCAUGUGUCCAGGCCCUCUGGCGAGGAGGCAGGGGCUAAGGCCCCUGAGUGUGGCUCCCCUACCUCUGAGGUGUUCGUUAACCAGCUGGACCGAAUUAGUGAGGAGGGCGAGCUGUGGGAGGCCCUGGACUACCACCCACUCAUCUUCCAGAAUGCUAACAUCACCUUUGCCAAUGAAGAGACUGCUCUCUCAGAUGAGGAGACCUCCAAGUCCUCUCUGGAGGACAACCUGGGUGGGGAGGAACAGCCCCAGGAGGGGCCCCCAGCCAAGGCACCUCUGAACACGGGCGAGUUCCCCUCGUCGGAUGAGUCCACCUUCACCAGCACCGAGUCCGAGCUCUCUGUGCCUUACGAGCAGCUGAUGAACGAGUACAAUAAAGCAAACAGCCCCAGAGGCACGUGAGGCUGGGCCGGCUCCCCACCCCACCUCUGAUGGCUUCUUCCUCUCACCCGGGGUGACCUGUGACAGCCAGGCCCCUGGGAGGAGGGGGGAACAGCCCUGGAACUGGGAGUGGGGGGCCAGAGGCCUGCCUUUCCUUCAGCGCAGGCCCAGGACAGGCCUCUGCUCUGCUUUGAGCAGCAUCCUGGGGGUGGGG